AUGGAAAACCGAACUCUCUGGUCUGAGUUAUUUCUGUCUGGGAUGGUCGAUCUUCCAAGCCUUCAGCUUCUUCUGUUUCUCCUCUUUCUCCACGUUUACAUAAUGACCCUGAUGGGCAACUUGCUUAUUGUUCUGCUAAUUGCCGUUGACUCUCACCUUCAUACCCCCAUUUACUUCUUUCUUGCGAACCUGGCCUGUCUGGAUGUGUGCUGCUCUUCCCUCACCACUCCGCGAAUGCUCUUUGACCUCCGAACCAAUUAUAGGAUAAUUUCUGUGCCAGCUUGUCUGACCCAAGUCUUCUUCUUCAUAUGUUUUGCUACUUGCGAAAUACUGUUACUUGCGGUGAUGUCGUAUGACCGGUAUAUUGCUAUUUGUCAACCUCUGCACUACAUCCAGGUCAUGCACUGGAAGACGUGUGUCCAGCUAGCAGCGGGGGUGUGGACCCUUGGCAUUAUAUAUUCCUUGAUACACUCACUUCUUAUGUUGAGAUUGAGUUUCUGUGACUCAAACAUUGUCCAUAGUUUCUUUUGUGACGUAUCCAAGUUGUUGCAGAUUUCUUGUACUGACACAUUCGUCAACCUGUUGUCCACAUAUCUCCUCGGUGGUCUCCUCGGGCUAUGUUCCUUACUUAUGACCUGUAUCCCAUACGUCAGCGUAUUCUCAACUGUGCUGAGGAUCAAUGUCAAGGACAAGAGGCUUAAAGCUUACUCCACAUGCAGCUCUCACUUGACAGUGGUCUUCAUCUUCUAUGGAACUCUUGUUUUCAACUAUUUUAGACCUAGUACAAGUUAUCAUCACGUCGCAGAUAGAGUGGUAUCAGUAUUUUACACUGUGAUCACACCUCUGCUAAAUCCUCUGAUCUACAGUUUGAGGAAUCAAGAGCUAAAAGCUGCUCUGCAAAGACUUUACAAAACUUAUACAUUUUGCUUAAGAGAAAAUACAAAUAUUUGA